UACAAGAAAGGGAGGCUUUUAGCGGCGACACCAUUAGCGGCGACGGCCCUUGUGUCGCCGCUAUUGGUCGAUCCGUGUGACACAACCUGAGACCAAACCCCAGCCGUUGAUCAAAAUCCUGAUCUAACGGUUGGGGACUUGAAAGGCAAUACCGGCGACAAAAAGUAGGUUAUUAGCGGCGACAGCUGUCUCCGCUAAAAGUCUGUGUCCCACAUUAAACCCUAGCCACAAAAAUCUUAUCCUGAUUAACCCAAUAGCGGCGACGAUAGGAUCAAUACCGGCGACAUAGCGUCUCCGCUAAAAGUCGAAACGUAAAAACACUUUAUCAGCGACUUUCCCUCUUUCUUCUUCACUUUCCCCCCAAAUUUCUUCCUUCCACCGCCGGUUCUUCCCGAAUUUUGGCCCACUCGGUUAGUUUAACAUGUUUAUGCUACAUUUCUUCUCUACAUUUGUUACAUACGCGUUAUAGGCUUUAAUUUUUGCUAUUUUUUGUGUAUUUUUGUGUUUGUGGAAGAAACUCCGGUCACCGCCAUGUCUUCUCCGGUCACCGCCAUCUCUUCUCCGGUCACCACCAUCUCUUCUCCGGUCACCACCUCAAAAACCGGGAGUAUGUUUUCGAUAUUGUUGAUAUUCGCGUAUCUGAUGGCUGAUGUGGCCCCCUGGGGACAUGGGGGUGACGGCGCUGGUGAUCCACCGAUUCCUCCUGGUGGAUUUCGUGGCACACAUGAGACAGACGCGGUUCCCCCGAAGAGGGUUAGGGGGAAAGCAAAAAACGAGAAACUAAGGCGUCUGGUAAAAGCGGGGGGGCCUGUAUCGCUUACGUUUGACAGGCAGGUGACGUAUACCCCUGUUGGUAAAUCAAGGGAUAUGUUUUCACGGGAGGCCGGCCUGUAUAUGUGGCGGUCCAUCCCCUUCGAUAAAAUUGGAUGGGAUAACGUUGAACAACAUUACAAGGAUGCCCUCAUGAACCACUUACGGGAAAAUUUCAAUAUUGAUGAAGUGGAACGUGACUAUUAGGCCAAAAACUUGACGGGUGGCAUUAGGACUGUGCUUAUGAAGCGGUACUCUAA